GGGAAGUUAUCCAGCAAGUAUAAGAUGCUUACGAAUAUAAGUUAGAGUACUCUAUAUAUCUCCAUUAAAGGAUAACGAUCAUAGAAGUACAGGUUACACCAUGCUCCUAUUUGCAAAUAUCAUCCGAUGUGCAUGUACCUAGACCUGUCAACAUCCGCACCUCCCGUGCUAGCUGCCGGUUGCCUCGUCUCAAUGUCAUAUACCGUGCAUAUAGUUUAACAUUUUCUUUGUCCCAGUGGAAAAAGGGUCUCAUCAACAUCUGUCACUUAAGCUCACUUCACCGCUUGUCUAUCGCUUCCGUUCCCAGUGCUCCAUAUCUGAUAGAGAUCCGUGUCCGUGUACAAGUACGUAUGUACAUAGUACAUAGCUAUGGGGUCCGACAGAAAAAUCAAAUGCCGACGGGUGCCUGUCCUCCGUGGCUUAGAACACUGGAGGGAGGAAUUUUGUGGUGCCAUUAGGUAUAUCAUGCUAUGGUAUGCUAUGCUAUAUGUUAAAAUGAUUGUCAUGGUAGGAGAUAUACGCGCCAUGUACGAACGUGCACAGAUGGCGGUGGCUGUGACAGUCAGUAACAGUGACAAGGGUGCAACAGGUGUAGCAAACGUAGCCGUUUCUUCGCCCCCAAAAAUGAAAAGAAAACAGUCGGUCGAACACGAACACCCACGUGCCAAUAUCUCAGUUACAAUGGAUGAUGCACUUACCGCUCCCCCACGAUACAACAAGGAUCACAAGUGA